UAAUGAGCACAUGAAUAUAUAUAAGCAGGAUGGAGGAGGGAGUGGAGCAGUGAUUUGAAGCAUUAGAGGAAGCAACAAGUUGCAAUGGUGAAUGAUGAAUAAGUGAUUGCGAAUAUAUUUAUUUAUUAAUGAGAAAGAUUGAAUUAGAAUAAUAGGGGGAUUAGAAGGUUGAAAAUUUUGUCUAUUUUAUUAUAAUAAGCUGUCGUGCUCUCUCUCUCUCUCUCUCUCUCUCCCUCUCUCUCUAUCAAAGUCGAUGAUGGGACUUGCAGAGCUGAGACUGUCUACCGAGAUCAGCAGCAGCUAGAGCGAGGGUUUCCGAUUCAACUUCCAAUUGCUCUGCUUCAGUUUCAGAUAUUCAUAGCAUGAAUUCUCCAUCCACCCAGUUUGUCACCUCAAGAAGGAUGGGAGUGUAUGAGCCUAUCCACCAAAUUAGCAUGUGGGAUGAAAGCUUUAGGAGUAGUGGCAAUUUUAAUGCCUCGGCAUCCAUGAUACUGGAUGAAGACAUUAAACUACAUAACCAGUCAGAGGACACUUCCCAUGGAAUUCUGGGACCUUCUAGCAAGUAUGACCAAGAAACAACUAAACCUACGGACAAGGUACAAAGACGUCUUGCACAAAAUCGGGAGGCUGCUCGUAAAAGUCGGAUGCGAAAGAAGGCCUAUGUUCAGCAGUUAGAAACAAGUCGUUUGAAGCUUGUUCAAUUAGAGCAAGAACUUGACCGAGCAAGACAACAGCAGGGCGUGUAUAUUGGCGGUGGACUGGAUAGUAAUCCUCUUGGAUUUUCUGGCACCAUAAACUCAGGCGUAACAACAUUUGAGAUGGAGUAUGGACAAUGGAUGGAAGAACAAAACAGGCAAAUUUGUGAACUGAGGACUGCUUUGCACGCUUGUAUAAGUGAUGUGGAGCUUCGAUUCCUUGUGGAUAGUGGCAUGAAUCACUAUUUUGAGCUUUUCAGCAUGAAAUCAACUGCUGCGAAAGCCGACGUUUUCUAUGUGGUGUCUGGGGUGUGGGAAACAUCAGCUGAACGGUUUUUCUCAUGGAUUGGAGGGUUUCGCCCUUCAGAGAUUCUUAAGGUUCUUCAGCCUCACCUUGACCCGUUGACAGACCAACAAGCUUUGGAUGUUCACAACCUUAGACAAUCAUGUCAACAAGCAGAAGAUGCUCUUUCGCAAGGUAUGGAUAAACUCCAGCACACUCUGGCCGAGACUGUGGCAGCUGGUCAACUGGGCGAAGGCAGUUAUGUCCCGCAGAUGGCCAAUGCCAUGGAGAGAUUGGAAGCUCUCGUGAGCUUUGUGACCCAGGCUGAUCAUAUUCGGCGGGAGACCUUACAGCAGAUGUCGCGCAUCCUCACAACCCGCCAGGCUGCUCGAGGCCUUCUUGCCUUGGGAGAGUACUUCCAACGCCUUCGGGCCUUGAGCUCGCUCUGGGCUACUCGUCCUCAUGAGCCUGCCUAAUUUUGGCAUCAAGAGCAUUCAAAGUGAUGAGGCUCAGUAUAUCAGCAGGAUAAUCACCACCAGAAAAGAAACCAGAGGUGCUUUGGAUACUGUUGUUCCAUACAUAUGUGGACAUAACAUAAUCCAAGCUGCUGAAAUUUUUCAAGCAGCAUCCCAUAUUUUCAGAAGCUGUAAAUAUGGAUGGCCAUUUUGUCUGCACGAAGCUUUUACGUAAAUAAGUUCAUUUUCGAUGUCUGUAUACAUUAGAAAACGAGAUUUAUAGAACAUAGGAUUUGAGUCUUAUCGAUGGAACUGGAUCAUGUAAAUUCUUCUUUGAGGGUUCCUCUCUAUUUCAAACGGGUGACAUGUACACCGUUAGUGAGGUCAUCGUUGUGCUUUGAACAUGGACGGUCUUGUUCUGGAAAGGUGUAUAAAGUUGGUCUUGAUAGUACUUGUUUGAUAUAUAUAUGUUGAUGCCAUUCACCUGA